UGUUUUUCAGCCGCUGCUGUACCGCAGCCGUCAGAUCCAUAUAAGCCUCGUCAAUGCUGGCUCGCUCGAUCACAGCGAAGCGGGACAUCACCUCAAUCACCUCCACACUCGCAUCCCUGUAACUACACCAGGUGUGACCAGGGACAAGCAAUUCAGUCGUCAACCAUGACAACGAGACCAUGUGAAAGUGACGUGGAUGUGCUGUACAGUUCUAUGGACAUCAAAAAACCACAAACGGCUAAAAGGUUAAGGCGCAAGAUGAUCUAACAUACAGCACACCAGCCGCCUGGAGCAUCAUGGGGUUGAGUGUCUUUCCCUGGGACACAUUAGCAAUUAUCGAUGAGGCCAGAUGAAACAAAUCAGGUUGUUAAACUCAAAGAAUGUCAUGAAGACCUGGAUGACCUGUAACCUUCUACUUUCAAUCUCAGACAAACUGAGUUGUCGUCACCUGUCAGUGUGAAGACCCCCAUCAUGCAGCUGAUGUUCCUGUUUCCCAGCAGAGCCAUGUCCACUUUACUGGCUCCACUUUUCCUCUGUUCCCUCCUGGACUUGAAAGAGGCCCAGAUACCGGUACCAAGGACCAGCAGGUAGAAAAGUACCAUCACUAUCACUCCUGGGACGUUCACUGCCAUGAUGAAUCUGCUGAGUGACUUCCACACCGGCUGCUUUCAGACUAAGUAAGACUCUGACUCAGAAACAGGAAAAUCUGGUACUGUGAGUACCGAAGUACACACUGAAAACUUGCCCUUUUCGUCUCAUCUUUUAUACACUGGGCUCAGGGGCUGGACUACACCCCUGGCCCUCUUUCCAUGUUACACAUUAUUGUCACUAUUUUCCACCGUUAGAUAUCUGUAUUGCAUUUUACCUAUCGUACCAUCUGAUUUCUUAUCUUAACUUGCAUCUGUGACUGUUCAACCAUGACAUGCCAGGUUUUAUGUCUGUUUGACUGGUUCACUGUUUUUAAGAAUCUGCCAGUAGCUGAAGAGGAUUUUCCUCUUCAACGUACCCUGCCUUUAAAUGUUUGGACUGCACGUCAUCAACAACACUCCGACUAACAUUGGUUAGCCAUGAAUUCCACCUGAGAAAAUAUUGAUCUCUUGAAAUAACAUCAUUAUCGCUAACGUUGUUACUUCAAGAGAUCAAUAUUUUCUCAGGUGGUUACUUGGUAUACAAGGUUUGAAAACCACUGUCAUAGACUACACCAGUGGUGUAAAUAGGCCGAGCAAAGUCAGCCACGGUCUUUUCACAGGAGGCAGAUUUAUUCCCUCCUCAUCCUAUAGAGAAAUAUGAUUAAGGUGGAGCAAGCGAUAAGGUGAAUUAUUAGUAUUAUUCAUUUGUGUUGUUGUUAUUUGUUUCAUUUUCUCAAAAUUACUCAGCUCCACUAUGACCACAUACCCUGGUAUAUACAGUAGUAUAUAAGUACCAUGUCGUGGCAAAAUCUUAGUUAAGUCCAUUGAUGUUUUUAUGAUAAAGUAUUCUUCAUGACUUAAUGUAAAGGUUUACAUAACCUAGAGCAGGGGUCACCAACCUUUUUGAGACCGAGAGCUACCUGAAGGUUAGAGAAUAAUAUGGAGGGCUACCAUAUUAACAUUUUAUGCAAUUUACCAUUUAAAUGAUGAAUAUUAUGCAUUUAAUUGCAUACACAUUAAAUCCAGUGCUUACUCCUAAUGAUUAUCACAGUUUUUAUAAACAAUAUCAGGACAUUUUACUCAGUGAUCAUAUGGAUACAUGCAAGUGAGGUGAAGUGAAAUGAGCCCACGUGCACCUCGUUGGCUGCUCGCGGGCUACCAAGUGCCCGCGGGCACCACGUUGGUGACCACUGACCUAGAGGUUACUACGCCAAUGAACAGCAGCUGUCUUUGUGAGUUUCCUUCUUCUUGCAUGAGGAACAUACAGCAGAGGGCAUCAAGGCUGUCUGUGCAGGAGUUCAGGGGAAAGGAUUCAGUGUUUGGGUUAUCACUCUUUCCCUACAUCAUUUUGCUUCGGUUGGCCUGGUGGCCAUCAUAAUUCAGAGUAUUAUAGGUAUUUGGGACACGAGACACGACCCAUUGGUUAAUUUUCUUGAAGGACAUUGGGCUAGUCCAAUGACAGCUCUCAGCUCUCAGUGUUUGUGUCCAGUGUUAUUUUAGCUUGCCAUAAAGGUAUAGUUUGCAGGUGGUACAGCUUACAGUUAUUAUUAUGUAAUAUUAGUGAAAAAUGUAGGUAACCAUUAGGGCUGCAACGAUUAUUCGAUUGUUAAUCAAUGACUUACUUAAUCGUCUGUUGGUUUUUUGGUUUGUUUGUUUGUUUUUUUUUAACAAUUAAUACAAGCUUUGUGAUUUUCAGCUUCUUAGAUAUGAAUAUAUUAUGGUUUCUUUGCUCCAUUUGACCAAAAAAAAACGUUAAACUGAAAAAACAUUUCAGAAAAUUGUGAAUUCCAGGUUUGUUAACACUGAUCGACAUUUUUCAUCAUUUUAACUUUUAUGAACAAAAGAAUACUUGAUUAAUCGAGAAAAUAAUCGAUUGUAAAAAAGAAAACUAACAGUAUAUUUCAUUAAACACUGAAAAGACAUCUCUAGCAGUGUUUCUUUGACAACCACUUUCACUUCAAGAUGGGAAUUGUGACACUGCCAUCUCUCCCAAGAUGAAAGUCUCCCGAGUAGUGAAAGAGCAUAUCCAUUUUUUACCACAGUUACUCUCUCCAUGUACAUAUGUUGUCUGGUAUGUCAUGUGUCUCCACAUAUCGUAAAUUUUGUUGGUCCCAGUCCAACCCUGCACACAACAGACUGCCGUCCACUGAAUGGUCAGAGAGUGUGGUCACUGGAAGAGUCCCCCUUCCGCUGUACUUCCGAGUCGUGCUGGAAUAGUAUAUAGUGUGGAGAAGCGCCGUUAGACAGAGUCUGGGAAUCUGCUGAUACCAGGCACAGAGAAGGACAAUAGAACCUUGGAAGCAAACGUGGUUGUUUGUUACGUUACAAUUUUCCGUGAGAGUCGAAUAUUUCUUGUUAUGUUAAAUGGCAACAACCAUGUAACUAAUACAUCAUUCUUCAUUCAUACUGUAUGUAGAAGUUUGACCUUGUAUUUUCCGGCUUAUUUAUGAGUGUUGUCUCAACUAAUGAUGUGCUCCGUGCAACAGUAACAACAGUCAUCCAAAAAAAUGAUUGCAAAAGCCUCACCUAGGAGGAAGGGCUGACAUGCACUUGCAUAAAAAAACUGAAACAGGAAGUGAGAAGUGAUCGGUCUUUAACAGCUGCUCACAGUUUGUUCAGUCGGGGUUUCCUCAGUAACAUGGCCGCUCAUCUCCGACUUCUCCUCAUCCUCUGUCAACUCACAGGGAUUUACAGCAUCAGUAAAGUGUCAGUGAAAGCUGGAGAUUCUAUCACCAUCCCGUGUCUGUAUCAGUCCAGAUACACAAACCGUGUGAAAUACUUGUGUAAAGGUUAUCGUUGGGAUUCCUGCAGUUUUGCAGUCAAAACAAACAAACCCGAUAGGUCAGGAAAGUUUUCCAUAUCUGAUGACAAAAACGAAGAAAUCUUCACUGUAACUAUCAAAUAUCUAACCACCACAGACACUGAUUACUGGUGUAAUGUGGAGAUUGAUCACGGGGCGGACUAUGGAGAGUAUUUUCAUCUGGUGGUCACAGGUAAACCCAGUCUCUAUGUGGAUAGUCAGGAGAUUAAAGCAUACAUUGGAGAUGAUCUAGCCAUCCGCUGUUACCAUGGUUCCUCUGGAAAAAUGCAGUGGUGCAGGCUGGGCAGAAACUGCGUCACAGGCCCGUUGGGGAAAAUAGGCGAAAACGAAGUGACCAUAAAUUCUACGAUUCCUCAUGUUUCUACUGUGACGAUGAGCAAAGUGACGAGACAGAGCAGCGGCUGGUACUUGUGUGUUCAGGGAGAUCUACAGAUGCCGGUGCAUGUCACGGUCACUGAGAGACCUGUAAUAACAACAUCCACUCCGUUACUCACAUCUGGCUCUGGUGGUGGAGAGACAGCAAAGCACAGCUCAUCAGUUCUCCUGAUGAGCCUCAUCAUCCCUCUGAGUCUGUUGAUCGUCGUUGUCAUGGUGACCUUGUUCAUAUUUUGGAUCUUGAAAAAACAUAGGACAAGGAAUUCGCAGUCGCCACCCAUGGCAGUGAGUCCAUGUGGAAGUGACGGGGAUGUGUUGUACAGUUCUGUGCUCAUCACAAAACCACAAAAGGAUGAAGCCAAAAGGCAGGUUAAAGCCCAAGAGGAGCACUUAACAUACAGCACUCUGAAAAACUCUCACUCGUGAUUCCCUAAUUCUGUCAUCACUUUUUGAAGAGAAAAUAGCUACUGCCGGAACUAAGUUCCACAGUACUAUAAAUACACCCUUUUAAUUACAUGCUUCCUCUGCAGAGAAGGAAAUGAAAGAGUUCAGCCUUUCUGACACAUGGUCGUAGUGUUGUUGAAAUCUAU